UGCAUUAUUUUGCAUAUAUUUAGUUUGGUAUGAUUCGUUUGUGAUAAUCUAUGCUAUUCGCGAAAUAAAAUGUAAUUGGUUGUGGGUCCGUUUCUCUUCAUACCAUUUCCAUUAGAAAUCUAAUGGCAGAUUUUGUGUUAUCUGCAACUGGUGUUGAAGCCUGUUAUAUGAAAUCAGAUGGAGACCAUCAUGGAUUGCAAAGACAAGCAUAGUAUAUGUAGAUUCUUAUUUCAAGCUGACAUCAGUCUACAAUUUCACCAGAUCAGACGUAGUAAUCAGUUCUAAAUAUUUAGCUAAACAGACUGAUGAGUAGGUUCUAACUUGGUGGCCUCACGUUGUGAGCCAUAUCAAGGCGUUCAGGUCAAAAUCAAGUGUAAUGACUUGUAAUUUGUUUAAUAAUUCUACUAGAAUCCAGUUAUCUACACGGUCCACUUUUUUGAUGGCAUAAAUCGUUUAAGCAUGUGGUGCCUCCGUGAGUUGGCACCAAUAAAUAAAAUUUAACUUCGACCCAGUCUGUGAAAGACAUAGGUUCUGAGAGUUCUUAAUCAAAACUUUAGACCCUCAUUUCCGCUACGAUCAAGUGUAAUUAUGAACCUAUGUACUUAGUUUUGAACGAGACUUCAAUUAUGAAAGAUAGUCCUACUGAGCAAAUACUGAAGGCGAAUAGUAUGUGGAAAAUAGGGUUAUUUAACCACCAAGCUUCUGCAUGUAUUAUGGGUGGUUAAUGUAUUAACAAAAAUUUUAACUGCCCCAUAAUUACUAAACUGUUAUCCAGUGGACUUUUGUAUGAUCUACUGUAGCGAAACGAUAUCAUGUCAAGAGAAACGUUUAUACUGUAUGGGUUGCAUUCUUAAUGUAGAAAAAAGUAGUUUUUAGUCACUUGUUUCUAGUGUCAGUUUGUCAUGUUUAUUUUUUACCUAGGUGUAACUCAAAAAUCCGUUCGUAAGGCGAUACUUUUUUCUUAUUAGCCGAGGGCUGAGUCGAGUAUAUUGUUGCAGGGAAAUGAUGAGCAUUAAAUAAUCGAAUUCCCUAUUGCAUUGAUGGUUUUCACUUGUGAACUUAAAUGCAGAUUCUAAUAGUAGCUGUAAAAUAACUUCAUUUUCAAGGUACUAUUUUGAACAUGCCAUUCUUCUGUGGUUUUGUAUCUUCCUUCCAUAACGUGUUCAUCUGAAUUAUUGUUCUUUUGAUAAGCUUCUUAAUUGUUUCAGAUAAAAAAAAUAUCAAACUUUUCCUUCAUAAUUUAGAUUUUAUCACCUGAAAGAAAAUGUGGAUGUAAAGGCAUCCGAAGUUGUGCAAUUUGUAAUGAUGACAACCUUUCCAAAGAUGAAGCAGCACAACAACUUUUGGAGUUCACAUUUUGUCCAUCUUGCAAUAUGGCAGUCAUUGAAACGAACAAUACAAUCAAAGAGUUUCAUGUUCAUCAAAGUGGUUUUCCUUUCAUAAACAUCGAAGUUAUUCAAAAUUUUAUCAAUGAAGAUGAAGAAGCAAUGUUAAUUGAAGACAUUGAUAAACAACCAUGGGUUUUAUCUCAGUCUGGAAGAAGAAAACAGGAUUAUGGACCAAAAGUGAAUUUUAAACGACAAAAAGUGCAAAUAGGAGAAUUCAGUGGUCUACCAGCAUAUUCUAAAUUCCUUAUAACACGUUAUAAUGAUUUGAUCAAAGAGAAGAGCACAUCUCUUCAUCAUCCUGAAUUUCUUCCAGUAGAAUUAUGUAAUCUGGAAUAUAAAUCAGAUCGUGGAGCUUGUAUUGUACCACACUAUGAUGAUUCAUGGUUAUGGGGUAAUCGAUUGGUGACUGUUAAUUUAAGUGGUGAUACUUAUUUAACUUUCACAUUACCGACAAAUGAUAUAGUGGAUGGUAUAAGCCAUGAAUUGAAACGUAUUCAAUCCUAUGUACCAAAUAUUUCUCGGGGCUCAUUUUGCGUACGUGUACCAUUGAAUAGACGUUCACUUGUAGUGGUUAGUGGACCUGCACGAUAUAUCUGGCAACAUGAAAUCAGGAGUUCAGAUAUACCUACACGACGUAUUGCUAUGACAUUUCGUGAAUUAAGUAGUAUAUUUUCUCCUGGAUCGAAUAAUAUGACAGAUGAACAAACAUUUGGUAAGAAACUUUUAGAAAUUGCUUCCAUGUACAGGCCAUAUAUAUGA